AUGUCUGACGAGGUCGAUUUGCAGUUCGAGUCCGCCGACGCCGGGGCGUCGCACACCAUCCCGCAGCAGGCUGGGACUGUGCGCAAGGGUGCCUUCGCGAUGCUCAAGGGCCGCCCCGUGAAGGUCUCCGACGUGUCGACGGCGAAGACCGGCAAGCACGGCGCCGCGAAGUGCAUGUUCGUGGGCGUGGACAUCUUCACCGGCAAGAAGAUUGAGGAGACGUACGGCUCUGGUGACAACAUGGACGUGCCCAACGUGGCGCGCAACGAGUACCAGGUGCUCAACGUCGAGGAGGACGGCACGCUCUCGCUGCUCAUGGAGAACGGCGAGACCAAGGACGACCUCAACCUGCCCGGCGGCACGGACACGCUCGACAAGCUGGCGCGCGAGAUCAAGGAGGCGUUCGACGACGGCAAGGACAUCGCCGUCACCGUCGUGGGCGCCUGCGGCGAGGAGCAGAUCCAGGCCUUCAAGGUGCUGCAGCUGUAA